UUGCAGCAUUGUAUCACUUAUUAUAAUACUUUAUCGUUUACUUACUUCUUUGUUAACAAUGGUGGAGUCAAUGAUGAAGUUAAUGAUUAUUCUCCUCUCCUUACUGCUGCAGAAGGUGGAAAAGGUGACAUUGUUCGCUUUUUAAUUUCGAAUGGAGCAGAUUGUAAUUACAAAAACCAAUAUGGAGAUAGUCCAUUUACAAGAGCAGCUACUAACUUACAUUUUGGAGUCUUAAAACAGCUAAUCGAUGCAGGUGUUGAUGUAAAUACGAAAUAUGCAGAUGGAACUCCUGUAAUUUCAAGAGCGGCAAAUGAUGGUGUAAUUAAACUUGUUAAAUUCCUUCUUUCUGAGGGUGUUGACAUCAAAACUCUUAACAAAGAAGACAGUUCUCUUUUAAUGCUCGCAUCUUCUUCCGGACAUCUUGAUUUAGUUCAAUAUUUGAUAGACAAUGGCGCUGAUCUCUAUUAG